GACCGAACCAUAAAUCGUAGUAAAAGAAUAGAAAAUUAUUGAUAUAAACCAAACAAAUCCAAAAAAAAUUUGAAACCCCUCAACGAAGCCAAUUUUCGGUUGUACCAUGGCUCAACCUAAGGCAAUUUUCGGUUGUACCAUGGACCAACCGAAAAUCACCUUCGGUUGCACCAUGGCUCAACCGAAAAUUGCCUUAGGUUGAGCCAUGGUACUACCGAAGGUGAUUUUCGGUUGGUCCAUGGUACAACCGAAAAUUGCCUUAGGUUGAGCCAUGGUACAACCGAAAAUUGCCUUAGGUUGAGCCAUGGUACAACCGAAAAUUGGCUUCGGUUGAGGGGUUUUGGGUUUUUUUGAAAAAAAAUCUGAUUUUUACCUCGUCGGAGUCGCUACUCAUGAUUCGGACGUAUUCCCAACGAUUACGACUCGAGAAUGUCAACGAUGAAUUCGAGAGCGUGGGAAAUUGAGUGUUUUUCAUUUUUUUUUAGUUAAAGUGAUGUUUGUUUGCUAAAGAUGACAAAAGGUUAAAAGUGUAAAUUUGUUAUUUUUUAGGACGAUCAAUAGUAAUUUUAAGGACGACGUUUAUCAAUUCCCUAAAAAAAGAGGUUAAUGGUGAUUUUAUGUGGGGCAAAUAAAAAAAAAAUUAAAAAUAAAUUAGGUGUCGCAUUUCAGAGGGACAGCGAGAGGUCCAGCUGGCAACUGCGCGAUAGAUCCAAGUGGGCUGGUGGGUCCCAUCCACAGACCACUUCACGUGACACUCGACAUCCUAAUCCCAUUAAGCGUAACGGAGACGUCUCCACGUGUUGCCCGAUGACAAAGCCGUUCCACACGUGUCCAUAUCACAGCCUCUUUGGAGGGAUUGGGGGACCGCAUUUGCCAUUUGUCCUCUCUCCGGGCCCGGGACCGGGCCCAUGUUGAACCCAGCCCUCCCUCACCUCUCUGUUUGGGCCUUGGGCCAUCGAGUCGCGACAAAAAAGCCUUGUUUCGCGAUGGUUAAAAGGCGGAGAGGAACUUUUUAGUAGAUUCCCGUAACUGCCCCUCACUGUACGGCAACAUGUCGACUGCCGUUUUCACUUUUUCAAUUCACCACCUCCACGUGGCGUCCAUCCACUGUCCGGUGAACUUCAGCAGCGGGUUCCACGUGGCAGGUUUAGAUGGGAAGUUGUUUCGUUUCAUCUGUUCGCCGCGGUAAAACGGCAUUCCGGUGUGAAAUUCCGGUGUGGACAGUCCAAAAGUCUUGUACGUGUCGCUUUCACGAGGGGCGUGUAGGUCAUUUCACGAUAAUGUUUUCGAGUUUCUGAGAAUUCGAAAAAGGAAAAAAAUAUUAAAAUAGCCAAAGCAGCCAAUCUUAUCCAUUUACCGCAACCCCCACCACACCCUUUAUAAAAAGGGACCUCGAAAUCUGCCUUCCCUGAAACAAACCCACCACAGUAGAAAGAAAAAAAAAAUCCCCAAUCCAAACAAACAGAAACCCUAAAUUUAGAAUCAAUUGAAAAUUUCAAUCGGGAGAGACUGUGAUCUUAUCAGCUUUUCCCCGAUCUUCUUCUUCUUUCUUCUUUCUUCUCGCGAAUUCGAUGGCGGCGAGUAAGAGUUACUUAGCCAGGCAGAACUACCGAUUCCUCCCCGUGGAUCUUCCGAACCACCACCACCACCUCCUCAGCCACCACGACUCCUCCUCCUUCGAACUCGACGAGUGCGACAUCUACGACCGCCACCACGCCGCCGUGGAGUCGCCGGAGUUCCGGAAGGCCGGGUCGAGGAUCGGCGGCAAGAAUCGGUCGACGGUGGCGGCGGUGAAGUUCGGAUCCGCCGCGUCGUCGCUGCCGGUCAACAUACCGGACUGGUCGAAGAUAUUGAAGGAUGAGUACCGGGAUAACCAGCGCCGGGAUCCGUUUGACGACGACGAGGAGGGAGAAGAAUUGGACGAUGAUUACGCCGACGGCGGCGGGAUGCGGGUGCCGCCGCACGAGUUCCUGGCGAGGCAGAUGGCGAGGACGAGGAUCGCGUCGUUCUCCGUCCACGAAGGCGUGGGGAGGACGUUGAAAGGGAGGGAUCUGAGUAGGGUCCGAAAUGCAAUUUGGGAGAAAACUGGGUUUCAAGAUUGAAAAUUUUCAUUUUUUUUUUUUUGAAAGUAAUUAGAGGGGAAUAAUUAUUAACUUUUUGCGGGGGUGGAUUUCAAUUUUAAUUUUUAAAAGUUUUAUAUUUUUGUUGUUUUUAUAGAGAGGGGAUUGUGACAGGAGGCCGGUAGUCGGUAGAUUGGGUAUUUUUCCUAAUCUUUACCCUUUUUAAAAUUUUUAUCUUGGUUCGAUUGAUGAAGGGGAUUGAGUUUUUUUUAAUCAAUCUGUUAACUUCAUCAAUUAUUUGUAUUUGUAUUAUUAAUAUAUUUCAUCAGAAAUAUUCCACUCCAUUCAAGAUAUAUUUUAGUAACUUUCACACUUAUUAUCAUUUGCCCUUGGUCAAUAACAGUUUUGUGCUAGAAGUCUCCUUUCUUGUUGGGUGGGGAGUAGUGGUGUGGUGGCCAUACGGUUCGGUACGUUACCUAAUCGAAUAGCAUUAAUUUGGUUCGAAAUUCGGAAGGGAAAAUGAUAUAUUUCGGAAAUCAAGAUCCUUUCGACCCUAACCGAAUAGCAUUAAUUUGGUUCGGAAUUCGGAAGGGAAAAUGAUAUAUUUCGGAAAUCAAGGUCCUUUCGACCGAGAACCGAAUUUCUGAAUUACUAUAAUUGCAAACUCCAUAGAUUUUUAUGUUAGUACUUAUUAUGAGAUUAAACAUUUGAGUAAUGUAUGUAUUCUAUGACUUAUGUGUGGAAAUGUGAUUUUAUCAUUGAUAAUUAUUUAAUUGCAUAUUUAUUAUUUAUAUUAUGGAUGAAAUAUAAUUUAAAAGAAAGAAAAUACAAGCUAAAAUCACAAGUUCAAUUUUUCAUACAACCCAUUAAAUGCUGUAACAUUAUUUGAAUUAACCUAAAUUUCAUUAGGUUAAGGGAGAAGAAGCAAAAAAAUCAUAAUUAAGAAGUAAAACAGUGGAAGUGGGUUGUGGUUGUGGGGAUAAGGCUGCCUUGCUAAUUGCGAAUAUUAGGGUUCGAUUUGUUCAAGAAAAUCUAAACCGCAUAUGACAUAAACUAUUAUUAUGUGUUCAUAUAGAAGGGUGGUGAUAAUGCAAAUCCAUAAUUAUAUUUUAAAAUGAUUUGACAGUCCAUAAGAUACUCCACCGUCUGCCAACUAAGAACUCAUAUAUGUUAAACAAUAUGACAAAAUUCCCUUCCAUCAAAGUAAAUCUAGUUUAUUAUAAUAUGCAUAAUGGUGAGUAAAUCGUCUUUAUUAUAAUAUGCAUAAUGUUGAUUGGAGAGUGACAUUUUUAGCUUCAUCUUUGAGCUAAUCGAACCGUUUGAAUCUUUUUUGACUGAAUAUUUUGGAUUUAAAACUGUGCUUGUUUUCGUCUCGUACUCGUACAUGCUUAUUGGGCUUGAUUAUAUACUCACAUGUUAAAUAACAAUGAUAUUUGUUGGAGUGACUGAUUUUUAUCUUCUUUUUAGAUAGAUUAUCGAUGGUAAAGCUAUGUGCAAUUCAGAUGGGACUACAAAUUAUCUCUUUCUUGACCAAAAUUGGUUAUGAUGUGUAUUAAUAUGUUGAGAUUCUUCAAAGAAAAACGUUUAAAAGUGGCAUGAAUGAAUGCUCUCAAGUCUCCUUAUCUUCAUCCUCGCUCCGAGAUCUAUGUUCAAUUCGUGGAAACUGUCACGUUUCUCUCUCUUUCUUCUUUCUUCUCAAUCUAAAUCCUUAUCCCACCAUUGAUUAAUUGUUAGUCACAAAAUUUGAACAUAGAAUAUGACGAGUGUUACUUUUUCCGACAUUAUCACUAUGUCAAUUUAGUGGUUGGAUCAUUUAAAUCAUAAGAUGCUGUGAAGUGCGCGGUUUGGAACUUAAUUGGAUUGAGUAAAGUACUAAAGUGGUGACUUAUGAAAAGAGCCCACCAAAAGGAGUGAAAUUUCAGAACAAAUCCCAAAAGAGAAAGCUAAUUAAGUGGAAGUGGAUAAAUUUAAGUGCUUAUUUGUGCUUUGUUAAUGGUGGAGAAUAAAUUUGGGUGGUAAUG